GUGGCCCGGCAGGGGCGGGGCUCUCACUGGAACAGCGGCUUUGGAUCAGUGCACUCCAGGAUGAAGCGCACAUGACACGCGUGGAUGUGGAGAGAUAUCCCGAAGAGCUCGUCUGAGAGACACCUGAAGCCAUCGUUGUGUGAAAUUGAUGAUGUCUUCCUACUUCCAAAGCGCUUCUCAGGGUUUGGUGAAGCACUGAUAUCUGAAUUGCACGUCUCAUCUCAGCUCAGGCACAAAAAGACAACGUAAAAUAUAAUCAGGAACCAGGAAGCUGGACUUGAUAUUUAUUGACUUUACCCCAAAGUAAAAUUUUUGUGUUUUUCCCAAAGGGGCCAUGCCCCACCUAUUCAACAAUGACGGUUCCUUCAGCUCCAGGCAAGAGCUCCUUGACCUACAGGAUGGCCCUGUGGGUCCCAGUGUGGACUUGCCAAGCCCAUUGGAGUCACAGGUCAGCACACCGACUGGCUCCAUUCCUUACCGUCCAUCCAUAGAUGCCCCCAUCAAGACAACCAAGAACACUGUUAAUCUCCCUGGGGCAACAGUAGGGGUUAAUUUUCUGUCUUCGGACACAGAAAACCUAUGUGGAUGGGGACCUCUAACCCCUGACUUCAUCCAGUGCUUCAACACGGCCCGCUGGGUGCUUUUCUUCUUGUGUGUGGCCUCAUUUCUCCAGGGCAUGAUAAUUAAUGGUUUCAUCAACACUGUCAUCACAUCCAUCGAGAGACGCUUUGACCUGCGCAGCUAUCAGGCUGGACUCAUUGCGAGCUCCUAUGACAUUGCUGCCUGCGUAUGCCUAACGUUUGUGAGCUAUUUUGGUGGCACAGGGCACAAGCCCCGCUGGCUGGGCUGGGGAGUUUUCAUAAUGGCUCUCGGCUCAAUUGUGUUUGCACUGCCGCAUUUAAUCACGCCAGCUUAUCAGCCAAGAGUAUUGGAGCAUACUGGACUAUGCUCAGCCAAUCAGACAGAGGAGUGUGGGAAUAGCAAAGGAACUGCACUCUCAUUGUACCGCUACAUCUUCAUGCUGGGCCAGUUUCUGCAUGGUGUUGGUGCUACACCACUCUACACACUUGGCGUUACGUAUCUGGAUGAGAAUGUCAAGUCCAAUUAUGCACCUGUCUACAUCGGUAUCUUCUACACGGCAGCUAUUCUAGGCCCAGCAGCUGGAUACCUGCUGGGUGGCUUCUUCCUCAACAUAUACACAGAAAUUGGCCAAAUAACUCUGCUGACCCCAGAAAACCCACUGUGGGUGGGGGCAUGGUGGAUUGGGUUCCUGGCAGGAGGAGCUGCUGCUCUCAUCACUGCUGUACCUAUUUUGGGCUAUCCUCGCCAACUACCAGGUUCUCAGCGCUUUAUAGCCAUGCGUGUGUCUGAGACUCAUCAGCUGAACGAUGGAAGUCAAGUGACCGCCUCUGAUCCCCAGUUUGGCAAGACAGUAAAAGACAUGCCGAGGUCAGUGUUGCUCCUGCUAAAGAACCCUACGUUUAUUUUUCUAUGUUUGGCUGGUGCUACAGAGGCAACUUUAAUCGCUGGUAUGUCCACUUUUGGGCCCAAGUUCCUGGAGUCACAGUUCAGUCUUAGUGCCUCUGAGGCAGCCACCUGGUUUGGCUACAUGGUGGUACCUGCUGGAGGGGGCGGCACCUUCCUGGGUGGUUACAUUGUGAAGAAGCUGAACCUCCGUUGCCGUGGCAUCAUCCGCUUCUGUAUGCUCUGUGCCCUGGUGAGCUUUGUGGCAGUCUUCGUCUUCCUCCUACAUUGCCCUAAUGUGCCUAUGGCUGGAGUGACCACACCAUACCAGAACAGCUCUCAAAACAUCAGCUCCGUUUAUACACAGAGCAGUUUUGGAGUAAGUCAGAAUUUGAUUAGAGACUGUAAUGCAGACUGUCACUGUGUGGAGGCGCUGUACAACCCAGUGUGUGGAGCUGAUGGUGUGAUGUACUACUCUGCCUGCCAUGCUGGCUGCAGUGCUGUCAACAACACACACAGGCACACCACAGGAAGACAGAUGUUCACAGAUUGUAGCUGCAUUAUGAGCACUAUAUCAAGAGGUGAGGAAGGCCUGGCCAUAGCAGGAAAGUGUAGCUCCUCCUGUAAUCACAUGCCAGCCUUCCUCACAUUCUUCUUCAUCAUCAUCUCCUUCACCUUUCUGUGCAGUAUUCCUGCUCUCACAGCUACACUGAGAUGUGUCCCUGACAGUCAGAGGUCAUUUGGACUGGGCAUUCAGUGGAUUCUGGUGCGAACACUAGGUGGCAUCCCAGGUCCAAUAGCAUUUGGUUCAGUGAUUGACAUCUCAUGUCUGCUGUGGCAAGAACAGUGUGGAGAACGUGGGUCCUGUUACCUUUACCAGAAUUCUGCCAUGAGCCAAUACACACUCAUUGCUGGCCUCAUCUACAAGUUUUUGGGCACUGUAUUCUUCAUGUUGGCAAGUGUGCUGUAUAAGCCUCCUCCAGAAUCUCCUCAGAAUAGCUGUGAGAACACCGAUUAUAGUGCAACAGACAGAGGCAUAGAGGUCGGACACCUGCCAGUCAAAGACCUACCACCUGAGAUCAUAGCCAAUGUACAUGCCAAGUUGUGACCGCCAACUCCAAACACACACUGGCAUGAGUGUGUGUGAAUGUGUGUCCAUCAACUUUAUCGCAACCCCAGACACACAAACCUGCACUGUGGUAUGAUGUCUUUUCUUCAGUUGCACACAAAUGGGGCAAGAUAUGCCUUGCACAAAUGAUACAUCUGAUACAUGAAGAUCAUCUGAUACUGCAAAUAUUUUGCAGAUGGAUCACAUUUGUUCUUGAACUGUUGACAGAAGCUGAAAGAUGCAAAAGAAGGGACAUGGGUCAUGCAUUAAAUGUUCAUAUUUGAAGAGCCUCAUGUGAUCAGUAUAUUUUAGUUAUUCAGAUUGUUUUUGACAGCCCAAGUUACCAUAAAUCAGAGAUUCUAAGCUCAGUGCUAGGGGCCCACCACCUCACACAGCAGGUUGAACUAUGCCAGGUUUAAUAAAUUGCAAA